CUGUAAGAUCUCGUUACAUCUACGCCACCACAUUUCUCUCUGCAAAUUUGGCGUAGAUAAUUCAACUUCAAGUCCAUCGCACUUUGGAAGUUCAAGAGCAUCGAGUGAAGAAGAAGGUAGGUUGACGACUUCGAUCCAUCCUCAAUUAAGGAAAGUGAUAAUGGAAGGAACGGUGUUCAGUCCAGCUAUUGAAGGAAUCAAGCAUGUUAAAUCUGAAGAAGGAGAGAUACUCACAAAGUCUUUCUUGAAUGUCUGUCAACAAAUACUACCAGUUAUAGACAAGUUUGGAGCUGCGAUGACACUUGUUAAAGCUGACAUAGGAGGCAAUAUUACUAGGCUGGAAAACAAAUAUCUGUCCGACCCAGUGAAAUUUAAUCACUUAUACAGCAUGAUACGAGUAGAGAUUGAAGCUAAGACCGCUAAAGCUUCGUCCAGUUGUACAAAUGGUCUUCUUUGGUUGACAAGGGCUAUGGAUUUCCUGGUUGGAUUGUUUCACAACUUGUUGAAGCAUAAGGAUUGGACAAUGUCACAAGCUUGCACAGAUUCGUAUACCAACACCCUUAAGAAAUGGCAUGGUUGGUUAGCCAGUUCAAGUUUCACGAUAGCCAUGAAGCUUGCUCCAGACAGGAAGAAAUUCAUGGAUGUAAUUGAAGGCGCAGGCGACGUUCAUCUUGACAUGGAAAGGUUCUGCAGCACUUUUAGUCCACUUCUCGAGGAGAACCACAAGUUCUUGGCUAGUGUGGGGUUGGAUGAUCUCAAAGCUUCUUGAAGAUGAUGCCAUUGUUCUUUUAAAGGUUUUAUUACUUGAGACUUGCUAUUACUUAUUUAUAAAAUAUUGCAUAAUAUGAUAUUUUAUAGAUAUAAAUAUUUAUAUUAUUGGCUUGGACUGUCGUUUACUUGCCCGGAUUCUCACUCACUUGUGCCCUUAUUAUAAGAUCAGAAGAUCUUCUUUAUUAUGAUAUUUUCUUACUUUUCUUAAA